CACCGAAAGGUGUACGUACACUUGUAGUGCCAACGCCUACACAUGCUCAUGUACAAACACACACAAACACAAUCCCAACCAACCCUGUCAUUUCUCAUUAAAAUUCUCCCUUCUCUCCUUCCUCUCUUCUUCACACCCUUCAACUUGCAUCAUUUUCUAUUCUCUUCCACCUUUUCACAUUCUCUCUCACCACAUUCCUUUCCUUAACUAACCUUCCUUCUCUUCCCUUUCUCCUUCCGCUUCUCACAAUGCACACAAGAGAGAGGGAAAAGGACAACUCCAUGAAGGAACCCACCUGCCCACAAAGGAGAAGAACUCCUUCCUUCUCCUCUUCUCUCCUCGACGCCAUUUGCCAUUCCAUUGACCAGUCAAAAUCCAAUCUUCAUCAGGAUCAACCAUCUUCUCUCUUCGAUCACAAUACGCACUCUUUCACCUCUGAAAAAGGUGGCAAUAGAGAGAGAAUGAAUCUUCGCCGGGCGGUCAUGCUGGAGGAUUGGAUGGAGAAGCACAGUUCUCAUUCCCGUUCCCAAAGUUCUCAGUUUCUCAACUGCAGUUCAAGCUCCUCAGAAUGCAGCUCUGGGGGGAUAUUUUCCUCUUCGGAAACCGACACGACAACCUUGAAGAAACAAAGACCGAGACCCACAUCGGAGAAGAAGAAACAAGACCAUAGGGUUUCCGAGAAGCAGAAUAAAGAGGGUGGUUUCGCAAGGACCAAGUUGCGGGCUUUGAAAAUUUACGGCGAAUUGAAUCAGAGAGUGAAGCAACCCAUUUCACCGGGGAGUAGAAUCGCUAGCUUCCUUAGCUCCAUCUUCAACUCCCAGAACGUGAAGAAAGCCAAAAUGUGUUACGUUGGGGCUGUUGAAGAUGUAAGCUUUGAACACAAAUCAAAGUCCCCGUGUUUCUCUUCCACUCCUUCUUCGUUCUCGAGAAGGUCUUGCAUGAGCAAAACAUCCUCUUCGGCUAAAAAAUCCAACUCCAAUGGGGUCAAAAGAUCCGUGAGGUUUUACCCCGUUAGCGUAAUCCUAGGCGAGGAUUCUGAACCACAACCUAGUUAUCACAAAUGUAGCAACAUUUAUGAGAGCGAGCCUAAUUUCACUGUGAGGAAGAUCACCAGAAAUUCUUCGAUAAAGGAGCUGAAGAACACCGUUCGGGGAGAAGAAAAUGGAGCUGAAGAAGCAGCAGCGCGUGGUUUUGUAAAAGGUUAUCGAAAUUCUGGUAAGGGUGAAUUUGAUUUUAGAGGCUUUUAUAGAAAUGAGGAUGACGACGACGACGACGAAGAAGAAGACGAUGCGAGUUGUUCGAGUUCAGAUUUGUUUGAGCUGGAUCAUCUUAUUGGAGCUGCAAGGUACCAAGAAGAACUUCCUGUCUAUGAAACUACCAAUUUGGAAACAAAUAAAGCCAUUGCCAGUGGUCUAUGUUUGUAGUUUAGUUUAACAACACUUAAUUGUAAUUAUUUUCCAUAGUUUGUGGAGUUCAUGCAUUUUUUU